AUGGAGCACGCAAAUUUGAGCUGUAUUUUGAAGGUGAAUACUCGUUGUGAUGCAUGUAAGAGGAAGACGUUAGAAAUAUUGAACUCUAUUUGCGGGGUGUAUUCCGUGACAUUCAAUGCUGAAGAAGGGGUAGCAAAAAUAAUGGGUGAAGUCGAUCCGAAUCUACUUCUUGCAGCCUUGGCAAGAACUGGACAACAUGCCGAGCUUGUAUGGGCCAAACUCGACCAUCCAAGAAUUGAUAGAGGUUAUUAUAAUGACCAUGACUAUCGUGGUGAACCCUAUAGGCAUCAUCAAAGGGCAUUGCCGGAAUAUUUCUCGAACAACCCUAACUACUAUGAUGCUACUCCACUUCCCUACUAUGAAGAUCAAUCCACGAGUUUUUGUACUAUAAUGUGA